AUGCCAGCUGAAGAGAAAGCAAGCUACUGUUCUGUUGAUCAAAAUAGCAAAUGCAGAGUUUACACAAGAACUAAUAAUUAUUCCAAUGAAGAUACACAUUACUGGAGGGAUACUUCAACUCAUUAUUGUCAUCCUCUGGAAGAUUACUUGCCUUUUUGGCCAGCAAAACCAGCUCGUUAUCGAGAGGUCGUUAGCGCGUACACAGUAGAAACGAAGAAGCUGAUCACAAAGAUUUCAGAUGUGAUUAUUAGUGAAGGAUUAGGAUUUGAAAAGGAGUAUCUUGGAGGCGAAUUAAGCAAAGUUCAAAAGCUAUCAGAUGGAAAAUGGAUUGGUGUUGAACCUCUUCCUAAUGCAUUUCUGGUCUUCAUUGGUUGCCAACUACAGAUUAUCAGUAACGGCAAGCUAAAAAGUGUGAUUCAUCGAGCAGUGACAAAUUCAAAACAAGCUCGAAUCUGUGUGUGUACUUUUGUAAUCCCUUCUUCAGAUUGUCACAUAGAAUCUGCAAGCCAUUUGGUUAAUGAAUCAACAAAAAUUCCACUGUACAAGGGUUACCAGUACAAGGAGUUUUUGCACACCUAUAUAUUAAACCACGGCGAUUUUGAAGCUGUACUUCAGUUUUACAAGCUCUAA